AAGCGAGCGGUUAAAAUUUGAGGUUAGGUCAAGGUUGGAAAAGUUGUGUGUUUUGUGCUCAGCUCAGUGUAUGUGUUUUGUGGAGAAAGGGAAAUAAAGUUUGAUCCAUAUGGUGCAUUCCUAUUUUCUACUCGUGUUUCUAGUUUUGAUAACAGAGAAUGGCAGUCAAUAAAACUGAAGAGAGGGAUUUGCACCAAAUAUUUACAAACAUAAACAGAAAGUACGAGAUAAUUCAGGCGAGGUGGGAGGUUGAUUCGAAGCAGUACGAAGCGAAGGUUAGGACCCAAAUUCCAAGAGACAAUGAGGAUUUUAAUGCAUUAUGUGAUGAAUGGGUAGAUUUGUUUUCCGAAGUCACUGAUACAGUGUGGGCCAAAAAGAUAUCCAAUACGGGUCCUAAGAUACGGUUCAGAAAGCAAUAUCAGUGCUGGACACACGAGGGAAAAGUGAUACAGAAAGAUCUUCUUUUCGAUGCUCGCAGAUGCAAAGCUACAUUGGACAUAAAAGUCCUCACAGAUAAUCCACAUUCCAGUAGAAAAAACAGACAUGUUCGUUUGGGCCUCAACGUUGUUGUUAAGCUAAAUUUCUAUCAUCUACAUCCUGUGGAUCCAACACAGCCGUUUGCAUUUUUUGUACACAAAUGCGAGCCUCAACCGGAUCUGCCUAAACAGAUCAUCCAACCAAAUGAACGAUUGCCAGAACUUGUCGCUGCUAUGGUUCAGAAUGCACCGAAUAUCUCUCAAAAGGCUGCUGAGAAGGUGGAGAUGACCCUGAUGGCGAAACUAGGCUCUACUUUGAGUCAGAUUGCAGAUAAACAAGAAGAAAGCCAGGUCAGAACCGGCCAGAUAGACAGUGAGGUUAUCUCUCAACAAAUAAACCAUAUCAAUCCUGUAUGCGAGACGAUCGGUGAUAUUAACUUAUAUGUCGAUACAACUGCUAGUGCUAUUCAGCAAACCCAGUUUAUCUCUCAUGGUGAUCCGUUAACUGUAGAAAUUUCAAACAUUCCAAUAGAAAGUGUAAAACUUGAAGAACAACAGCCCCAAUUGCAACAGUUCAUUGUAAGCGCACCUCAGUUCGAUGUAACUGAACAUUUUUUGAUGUGUCAGCCGUUGGUGUUUGAUACUUCUCAGGUUAUUCCAUUGAAUGCAGAAAAUGUAACAUCACAGUUUGUACCGAUCAUCACGAGAGUGGACAAUCAAAAUUUGCAGAAUGGUCAGAUUUUGUGAAUAUAACGAGUGUAUUGCUUACUCUACGAUAAUUAAGGAUUUGAGAUUCUCGGACAUGACUGAUAUCAUUGAUUACAUAAAAAGGUGACUGACCCUCAACAUCAUUUUAGUUGCACCGAUACACUUAAAAUUUGAGUGGCGACGAUUGAAGGUGAAUUUGCUAGCCUAAAAUAUGCUUUAGCUUUGCUUACUUGACAGUGAUAUGAAAAUAAAUUUUGGUUAAAUUCGUAAAGUCAUUACUUUUUUAUUUUUGACCAGAUUUCAUUUAAUACUUCGGCAGGCGGUAGGUACACUAAUUGGCUUUAUUGUGUGAAUAUGAGUUUUUUGUGGUAGUCACGGUAUGACUUGUUGUACAGGGAAAAUGAAAAUGAUGUUCCGUUACUCAAAAUUUGAGCCACUCUGUGGUCUCAAUCAGACCGCAAUGCUUUCCAUUAUCAAGAACCACAUUUUUUCUAUAAUGUGGUUUUUUAUUCAUGUCAAUAUAUACAAUGGCUGAACUUUUAGAGACGAAUGAAGGUUUUACCACUAAUUUUGCUUCUCCCUUUCAUAACUUUUUUAAUUCCCGUACGAGUUCAAAAAGUUUGUCGUCAUUUGUACAGAAAUCCGUUGCCCUUCUGUGCUGGGUUCACAUUUUUUUAUAUCGUCAUUGCUUCCGAUCUUUAGUAGCGAAGAAAAUGAAAACUUUUGACUUAAUAAUUUCACGCUCUACCAUUUUGAAAUACAGUGUCAGGGCAAUAACUAUAUCUCCUUUAUCCUCCAAGUUUGUUUUCCUGAGAAUUCUAGCGACGAAUGUUAAUAAUGGAUAGCUUGGCGAUUGACUACUUCAGUUUUUAAAUGUCGGCAACCUCCCCUCCCGCCGUUGUCACAAAAUGACAAGAACAUUCGCUCCCAGAAGACAUGGUUAGACUUCUAGUCAAUUUUCGCUUUAAGGAUCGGCGAUUUCCUCGUCAAAACUUGGCGACUAACGUGACUGAAAAGCCUGGCAACCCUGCGUGGGCGUCCCAGUCUUAAUCAGGAGAAUACUAAAUAAUCACCAUGCUAAUGGCAAUGUCAUUCCAGCCGCUGUACGUAAGCUUCUGACAUUUUCUCUAGCUUAAUUUCCAUCAUUUUUCUCCAAAUGACGGCCUGCACCGUACUGAUGAUUGCUGAUGACAAGCAUGAAACAACGUUGUAUGUUUAGCAAGUGUAAAGGUUUUUUCUCAGAAAACACCUAAAAAUCUCUGUGAGUAAAAGUUGAUUGUUGAUAGAACUUCAUCCAUUCUUGAAGCAAGAAAAUCUAAAACGUGAGUUGCUAAGUGAUAAUUUCUAGAAAUAUAUUUCACUAUUUUUGUAGCAGUAUGUGAAUUAGUUUAAGGAAUCAUUUUUAAUUUGGAAUAAGUAGUAGGGACGACUGAAAAACUGUGCUUUGUGUAACGUAUGAUAAUAUCAGGCUCUGUUGUAUUUAUCGCACAAGUAUUUAUAUAAAUAUGUAUAUUAUUUAUUCUCGCUACGACUGAUUAGAUUAAAAAUAAAUAUUUCUUGCAAC